AUGGAAAAGGAAACAGACAGAAUGGCCGCCGCGGCUCCCGCUCCUCCUGCCGCUGCCUCCUCCCCUCAGUGCCGGAGCCCUCGCUGUACGGCGGAGCGCAGGGGAGUCCGCCGAGAACUCGACUCCUGGCGGCACCGCCUCAUGCACUGUGUGGGUUUUGAAAGUAUUUUAGAAGGGCUUUAUGGACCAAGGCUACGAAGAGACCUCAGUUUAUUUGAAGAUCUUCCUCAGAACUGUGAUCCUAACAUUCCCCUAGUUGCUCAGGAAUUAAUGAAAAAGAUGAUCCGUCAGUUUGCAAUUGAAUACAUUUCAAAAAGUAGCAAAAUUCAAGAGAAUAGAAAUGGUUCAUCAUUUGAACCAAGUCUGAUAUGUAAAAAUAUCCAAAUGAACCAAACGGAAAACUCCCUUCAGGAAGAACAGGAUAGCCCUCUAGACCUCACUGUGAAUAGAACUCAAGAACAGAAAACUCAGCAAGGGGAUGGAGUGCUAGAUCUCUCUACAAAGAAAAACGCAAGGCUGGAAGAGUCAACAUAUGAUCCAUUAUCAUCUGAAAAUUCAGUGUCUGGGAGACUACACAGACACAGAGAGGACUAUGUGGAAAGAAGUGCUGAGUUUGCAGAUGGUUUGCUCUCAAAAGCUUUGAAAGACAUUCAGUCUGGAGCACUGGACAUAAAUAAAGCAGGCAUACUUUAUGGCAUACCUCAAAAAACUUUACUUCUCCACUUAGAAGCCUUACCAGCAGGAAAGCCUGCACUUUUUAAAAACAAAACUCGAGAUUUCAAUGAUAGUUAUUCAUUUAAAGACAGAAAAGAAACUUGUGCAGUGCUGCAAAAAGUAGCCUUGUGGGCAAGAGCUCAAGCAGAGCGCACAGAAAAAAGUAAACUCAGUCUACUUGAAACCUCAGAAUUAAAAUUCCCAACAGCUUCCAGUUACCUCCACCAGUUAACUCUACAGAGAAUGGUCACUCAGUUUAAAGAAAAAAGUGAAAGUCUACAAUAUGAAACUUCAAAUCCUACUGUACAGUUAAAAAUUCCUCAGCUAAGAAUAAGUUCUGCGUCCAAACCACAAUCUGAUAAUGCUGGUCUUCUGGAUGUCAUGUACCAUGUUUCCAAAACCUCCUCAGUCUUAGACGGAUCAGCUCUUCAAAAAUUGAAAAAUAUACUCCCUAAACAGAACAAAAUUGAAUGUUCUGGACCUGUAACUCACUCAAGUGUUGACUCCUACUUUCUGCAUGGGGACCUCUCUCCUUUAUGUCUUAAUGUUAAGAAUGGAACAGUUGACGGAACAUCUGAAAAUACAGAAGAUGGUUUGGAUCGCAAAGACAAUAAACAACCAAGGAAAAAACGUGGCCGUUAUAGGCAAUACGAUCAUGAAAUAAUGGAAGAAGCUAUUGCUAUGGUAAUGAGUGGGAAAAUGAGUGUUUCCAAAGCACAAGGAAUUUAUGGGGUACCUCACAGCACUUUAGAAUACAAAGUUAAAGAAAGAUCUGGAACACUGAAGACUCCGCCGAAGAAGAAACUUCGAUUACCAGACACUGGGUUAUUUACUAUGACAGAUUCAGGGACUGGCAGCUGCAAAAACAGCAGCAAGCCUGUGUAGAUUAAUUGUUAGCAAAUUGUUUGUGUGUGUGUGUGUGUGUGUGUGUGUGUGUCUGUCUGUAUACACACACACAUAUGAGAAAUACAUAUGCUCACACUGACAGAAGACAUGAAAUUAUACAGUUCAAAAACCACAUACAUGCCUUUUGAAAAGUAGUUUUAUUCAGGGUUUUCACUGUGGACAGAAUUAUAGAGUUCUCCCUUAAUUCUGAUAGUGUGUAUUUAAUAAAAUCCUUGUAUAAAUAGGUGAAAAAGAUUCAGGUUUUCUUUAGUAGUCAAUAGCAUAAAAUGUUUUGGGAAAACAAGUAUUUGUCAUGUGAAGCAUUAUUUUUAGUUGGUAAAGAACCACAUUAGCCAUUGACCAAACCAUCUUAUUAUGGAAAUACAUGACCCAGGGUUUGCAAACUUUUAUACUUCACAAAUUACUUGCAAUAGUUUGUAAGUAGUUCAGAAUACACAAAUCAAGGGAUUAUUUUUCUUUUACAAAGUUAGUUCCUUACCAAGGAAAUGGAUAUGUGAAGUAUUAGUAGGAGGUAGUACAUUCUGUGGAAGAAGAAAAAAUACAUCAUAACUAGAUCUCCAAUACAACUAGAAAAAACCAAAACAUUUCAUUAAUAAAAAUGUGUGUUAGCAGACAUAAAACUGCAUUUUUAUCAUUUUAAGAAUAAUUUUGUUUGUUUAGCAAGAAAUUGGUGUUUACAGAAUAUACAUUUAUGAAAACUGACAAAUUACUGUAGCUAUAGAAUUAUUAAAUAUGAAAUAAGAUGGAAUACUAAGUAUAAAAUAAUUUAAACUUAAUUAUUAACAUAAUUUUCCUUUUUAGUUUGGAAAAUAAGAUAACUUCUAAGGUUUAAGAAGAAAGUUGGAAUGCAACUUACAGCAUGUUCAUAAUGUGCAC